AUGUCGACGAGUUCGAGUGACGAUGGAAUGUUGUAUCCGCUGAAUUCCGAUGAGAUAUUCGAGUGUUUUUACGCGCUCGGAAGCUAUUCCAAGAGCUUCCGAAAAGGGAAUCUGAGCGAAUUUCUAGGGCCUCAAAAGUUGAAAAGGGUAAGUUAGAGGGUUAAUAGUGGACUGCAGUACCUGAAAACUUAUUCGUAGCAAUUUCAGGGGCUUGGGAAGAAAAGGGCGGAAGACUGAAAAAUUUUUGACGAAAAACUUCCUUUUUCUGGCCCGGAGCGCAAGCUUCGCAGCUCUGGUUCCUUACAGACUGCGAAUAAAAAUGGGAAACAGCCUAAGGCAAAGUCUAAACUAAGCCUAACCUACCUAAGCCUGAUAUUCCUUGCAGCCGGAAUUGUUCGGGCGGAAGCUGCAAAACCUUCUUUUCGCUGGGGCCAGAAAAAGGAAGUUUCGCUUUUUUGGAUCUAAAGUAAGGUUUAAAUUUACAUUUUUGACUUUUAAAUUCCAGGAAUAGGCUGUUAAAUCGUAGAUUCUAACUUAUUAAGUAGUAAUAGAUACUUUUUGACAAAACACAAUCCAAAAAUCGACCAUGCCAUCAAAUUCUUGCCUAAAAUAAGGUCAAAUUUUCAAUUUUUCGUCAUUUUCUACCAAAAAAUCGCUUUUAUUUAAAAAAUUUGAGCCAUUUCCUAAUUCCUUAUUCUCUGCGCUUUCCAAAAAUACCAAAACCUCCCGGCAUUUCAGCUCCUCCUCCACGCUGCAGCUCUUUUUUCGGCCGAGCCAACGGUUGUUGAUGUGGCGCUCAAAAAGUCGAAACCGAUCCUUGUUUGCUCCGAAAUUCAUGGAAAUCUCACUCAGCUCCUCAGAUGGUUCGAGAAGAACGAUCCCCCACCAACAACGCGCUACAUUUUCCUCGGCGGUUACAUUGAUUAUGGUGAGAAUGGAGUUGAAGUGAUGGUGAUGUUACUGCUCUACAAAAUUGCAUUCCCUGAAGACAUCAUGCUGCUCAGAGGGAGGCAUGAAUGUAACGACGAAGUAGCCGUAAAAGGAACGUUUUAUAAAGAGGUAAGAGGCGGAUUUUUGAAUGGAAAGAUAUCAUAUGUUAUGGAUAAUAUAAAUUAUUGGAUUUUUUGGCGAAUUUAAAGUCUAGAAUACGCUGUAACAGCUCUAAGAGCUUUUAGUGACCCUAAAAUUUAUUUUUACCCCUUUUUUAACUCAAAGUUGGCAAUCUGAAAAUUCAAAAAUAAAAAUUCCCGCCAAAUUUUGAAAUUGGUGGCAUUCUGUUGCAACCAAAUGAAAAUGUCUAAAAAGUCUUAGUGACCAAAUUGAAACCCUUUGGCUAUCAAUUCCAGCCAUUUCCAAUCAUUUUUGAAGGCCUGAAACAGAAUGCCAAAAAUUGCGGGAACACGAAAAUUCAAAAAUUUCAUCGAAAAAAUCGAUGAAAAUUGAUUGAAUGUAGAGAAAAAAGACUAACAACGAAUGUUUUGAUGAUUUUACAGUUUAUUUUUAAGUUGUUUUCAGUGCCUCGAACUUGGCGAUGGCUUCUUCGAGCUGUUCCACUUGGUUUUCAAUCAAAUGCCAUGGCUUGCGCGAAUUAUUCCGCAAAGUUCGGCCGUCAAAAGUGUUCUUUGUGGUCAUAGUGGGAUCAGCGAGUGGUUCAUCCCCUACCCGAAUUUGAUUUUUGAUCUGAAAAAAGGCGAAAACUUUGGGUUAUUGGAGAAAAUGAUGUUCACGGAUAUAAUGUUCUCCAGACCCAAGCCCGCGGGCGUUGAAAAGUGCGAAUUUUUUUGAAGUGAGAUUUGAGGUCCUGAUUGGUGAUUUGAAGUAUGUUUUGAACAUUUUUUCAGCGACGAUUACUUUGCUUUGGCAUCGAAAGGAAUUGGGCGCUACUAUGACAAGGAGCAAUUGCAGGCCGCCCUGGGGGCAGUUGAAUGUAAGUUGUUUGUUCGAGGGACUAUGGCAGUUCUUAAGGUAUGAUUGAAGAUUAUUUAGAGAAAAUUUGGAAGCAGAAAAAGGAACAUAAACACAUUUUUUGGAGCUAUAUUAUUUUAGAUGCCUAAAAUAAUAUAAUCUUCAAAAAAACAAAAAUUUCAAAAAGAUUUAGCCUUAUUUUUCAGGACAAGAAUCUCCAAGCUGAAGAGGCCUUCAACAAAGAUUUGUACGCCGAAGUGAACUCCGGUGGUGCCCUGAGGGCAUCUUUAGUCCGAUCCCUUCUGGUCUCUCUGGAUGAUGACUUGGAAUCGCCGAAUUUCCGUUUCAUUGUGGAUUACAAAUUCCGGACUUUGCUUUUCUCCUGGAAACGGAAGGUUUGGACCGAUCUGAGGGAGAGCUUUGAGAAAAAUUUAAGGAAAAAAUAUUUGGAAUCGGUGGAUGGAAGAGAAAUGAUGAGAAUUUGGGAGGAAUUACAUCAACCGUUCCCUUUUCCAAAGAUUAUUUAUGAUCAUGCGGAUCUUGCUGUCUUGAUUCAGGUAAAUUUUGUUUUUAUUUGGAGGCUUUUUGAUACCUUUUGAUACUUUUUUAACUAAAAAAGUCUUUUUUCCCCAAUUUUUUCGCAAAAAAUGUUAUUCAUUUGAUGUAAAACAGAGACAGAUUAAUCUUAGCGGUAACAAAAAUGGUUUACUACAAGUUUCCAAUAACCUUUUACAAUAAAAUUCAAAAAGUUUGGGCUUAGGUCCCACCGAGAUUCGAACUCGGGUCGCAGGAUUCAAAGUCCUGAGUGCUAACCGCUACACCAUGGAACCGAUGCGCGCGUCUUGCUCUGAAAGCCUUUCCGAUGGAAUGGCAAUAAUUGGGAUCAUAAAAAAGGGGUUUUGAAGUUUUUUUUAGUGUUUAAAAAGACAUAUGCGAGAGUCCUAGCUCGCGAUUUGCGAAAAUGACCGAGAUUUUUAGAUCAAAAGUUGGCAAUAAUGUGACAUUUUUUUUUGAGAAUUUUUACAUGAAAAAUUUUACACUUCUUUCUACCGGAGAGAAUAAUGUUUCUACAAAAAAUCAAUGUUUUCCCCGCGAAACUAGCAAAGUUAUAGCGAAACCAAGUUUUUGUCUGACCGCUCUCCGCGUUUUCCGUACUCUCUCGGCCACAAAGAUCGUUCAAUAUCUCGGCUGCGGCUGCAAAGCGUGAGCUAAAACUUUCAGGAAUUGAUAUCCGGGCUAUGCCUGACGUGUGUGCAAAAUUUAAAGAAAAUCUGAGUUGAAAAAAAAAAUCGAAAAAAAAAUUUUUUUUGAUUUUUGAUAUUUUUUCCCUUUAAUUUUGACUUUUUUCUCUUUUUUCCAGCAUUUCCCCACCUGCCCAUACCGUCACUUGGAUGUGAAUGCCCCCAGGGAAGGGGUGGUUCUCCUCCUUUUCCUCAUUCUCUACGCAUUUUAUCCGGAUUCCAUUGACACAAAGACUAACGUUUUCACAGCGCCAUUCGAGAAGAACAAGAAGAAAUGGUAUUCGGAGAGAUUGUUGGAAUUCGCGGAGACAAUGAGACGGAAAUUGAUUGAAGAUCCGAGGUUUUUGGAUAGAAGAAUUGAGGAGGAAGAGAGUGGAAGCGAAGCGUCGAGUCAGCGAUGACAUUAAAAAUGAGAUGUUUUAAAAAUAAAUUUGAACUGAUUGGACAUCAAUUUGAGUCAUUGAACUCAAUGGGUAACAAAAUGUAAUUAUAUGUACUAUUGAUCGAACACCGUUGAAAUCACGCUUGUGGUAAAAUUUUAACUUGCAAUUAAGAAUUUUAAUCAUUGUUUACGGCCGGUCAUUUGGUUGAUUAUAAAAGGAAACUUGAAGUUUGAAAAGCUUUGAUCUUUGUGUUCUUGGAAUCGUUGAUAAUGAACGGAGCAAAGGUCAAAUUUUUUACUACAUUCCUGUUGGUUGUGUGUGGAGAGUGUUGCUGUAAGUGCAUGGACCUUUAUCUUACCGUAGGAGCUUCUGGAAAUCUGAAGUUCGCGGAAUCCAAAGAGACAUUUUAUACGAUGGAACAUGUUUCAUCGUAUAAAAUGUCGCUUUUGAAGAAAUUGGACAAUUAGAAGUGAAAUCAUUAGGAACACUUGUCAGACUUUACAUUAAUUUUUAACAUCACUGUUUAGGUGACAUUUUAUACGAUGGAACAUGUUUAAUCGUAUAAAAUGUCGCCUUUGCUGAAAUUGGACAACUAGAAGUGAAAUAAUUAGGUAGACUUGUCAGAACUUACAGUAAUUUUAAGCAUCAUAGUUUCAUGACAUUUUAUACGAUGGAAUAUGUUUCAUCGUAUAAAAUGUCGCUUUUGCUGAAAUUGGACAAUUAGAAGUGAAUUCAUAAGGUAGACUUGUCAGACAUUCCAAGUAACGCUAAAUCAUUUCAGUGGCCCGUCAGCCGAAUUAUGAAGUCAACGCAGCGAAAGAGCAUUCCAGCGGCGUGUAUCCCAUCCCCGAGGAUUCAAAGCUCAACGUUAUUCGGAAGGAUGACGUUCGCUAUAGCGACUAUAGCAUAUAUGCUUCGUCUGUUCUUCAAAAGCUUAAUACCAGCCGACAACCUUGCUCUGAAUUUUACGAGUAUGUAUGCGACAAACAGCAUGAGAGCUGGAAAGAUAUUUUUAUUCGGGUCAGGAAAGAAAUUAUCGAUGGGCCAAUGGAGAAUUUGCCGGUAAGAUGGGAGAACAAAAUCCCGUUUUUAUUGGCCACAUAAAAAUUUCUAACCUAAGAUUACUUUUAUUACGUCUUAUUACAGGAUACGGGCGCCUAUGGCAAGCUCAAAUUGCUUCGACAAAAAUGCAUCGCCGAUAAGUUACAUCCAGACCCCAAUGAUUACAAUGGUACCAAAUUUCUCGUUCGUUACGAAAGCUUCCAAGACGUGGUUGGAGUUGAUUUCCCCUUGUUUCGCGACGAAAACGUUGAUGAAAAACCCAGCCCAGAGAAGUUGGCUGAGAUUAUCCUGUGGCUGAUGCCUUUUGGCGUCAAUAUUUUCUCUCAAGCAAGUGUCAGCGACAUUCAACAAAAGCCGAAAAAGUUUGUAAAAACCUUGGAGUUUUCGGAGAUUUCCUUGUCUUUGGACCCAUAUUACUAUCGAGAAGAAUGGGAGGCGAAAAAGAAAGAGCUGAAGGAUGAUUUGUGGGAGAAGGUGGACAUAUUGACGUCUUUGUUUGAUGCUAAAAUAGAUGAGGACAAUGUGGAUGAGCAAAUAGAAAAAAUCUUGGAAAUGGAAAAGAGAAUUGCCGAAGAGGUCAUGGAGAACACGAUGAACUCGAUUGAAUAUAAUGAGUGAGUCUUUAAGUACGAAGAGCUGGGCCGCUUUUGCUUCAGCUGGGAGAUUGCUAACUCUGGCCGUCAUCGCUUCUCUGCAAUAUCCGAAAUUUUAUGACUCAAAGUUCUAGAAAUUCAUAUGAUUUCGAAAGGGCCAAAACCGUGUUCCUGUCAUACCGCUUUCCAUGCGCCUUUUUUCAACUUUUCGGCAAUUGAGAUUAGCUGCGGCUUUCUGGUUUCUCUUCAUUUGUAAAAUACUUCCUUCAAGGCGAGUUUCGUAUCCCGGGGCUUCGAGCGCAGCCUUUGCCGUUUAACUUUAGCCGCAGCCUUGCAAACCGAAGAGCUUUGUAGGAGACGACGGGAUACCAAAGGGCAACCGUAGUUUACUUUAUCGAUUUUUUUAAAGUAAACGCUUUUUCCUCAACAAUAUAUAGCUAAUAUCCCUCAAAUUUCCAGGGUCUUCAAGCUCUUCACUCCCGACGAAGCCACCGAAAAAGUAGGCUUUAUCAACUACACUCACUUCGUCAACCAAUAUGCUGAAGACGCCUCAACGGAAAUCCAAGCGCGUCUUAGUUCUCCGGACUUCAAAAUCACUGUCCAAAAAGCAAAACAGACCGCACGUUUGGCCAAGUUCUUGGCCGGCGAUGAGGUUGACGCUUCGACAAUCUACAAUUACAUUUAUUUCAAAUUCGUUGAGGAAUUCAGUGGACUUAUUGAUGAUGUGAAAAUAGCUUCUGGCGAGACAAAAAACAUCACAAAACCGAUGGAAGUCGAAGCCAGAAAGAACUGCAGCCGAGAGUUGUUCGACACAUUUGAAUUGAUCACUUUUCGGAUGUACUAUGAUCUGUAUUUACCGGACAAAGAUGAGAGAAUGGAUAAGAUUGAUCAUGCGAAGGAAAUGGUCAGAAAAAUCGCGGAGGCUUUUCGGGUAAGUUUAUAGUAAAAUACGGGGUUGGUUCAUAGAAUAUAACAAAAAAGGAUAUGUAAUGGAGUAAAAGCUCUGAGAACUCCCAUACCACAAAAGCUAUCCAUAACGAUGAUUUUUUGACCGUUCUACAAGCCUGUCUUGAUUUUCAAAACCUCAAAAAAUCCAUACUUUUUGAGUCGACUGCAGUUCGUGUCAACGCAAAAUCGAUCGGUACGGGGCACGGCAACCCAAAAUAGAACAAAAAUGUCUCCCGCCCACUUUUGAAUUUCGUCCAAACGAAGUGUCAAAAUUCACAAAAGAAAUAAAAUAAUUCCGAGAAAAAUAUUUUUCGGUCGGAAAACCACACGAAAAUUCAUUUUUGACAUUUCGUUUGAAUUCAACCGAUACUAGGUGGGCGAAGCGCCGAAACGAGGCGGGAGACUCCCUGGGUUGCCGUGCGGGGCGUAGGGUAGGGGAAUACCCAAAAAAAGGUUGUAGGAAGUGCCUACGAGGCCUGGAAAAGCCGCUGGUUGGUCGGCGGACGCUCGGCAAAGGCUCGGCGGAGACCUGGCGAAGGCUUGCAACAGGUCCACUUUUUUAAUUUUAGCUAUAAUAUUACUAACAUUAGUUUUCUUUACCCUGAGCUAUUGUAACAUAGAAAGUACCAAAAUCUUGACUAAAAAACGAAGAUCAGUACUUUUAAUCUAAAUAUUACUGCUGUAAUGCAUGGAAAAUACCUCAAAAUAGAUGAUACACUGUCCUAGAACAUGAUAGAUAUUACUAUUUUUAUCAACCAAGCUUUCGUCUAGCCUCCCCCAUACAAUGACGAAUAUAGGCGACCAAAGUAUCGUCGACCCGAACUGUCGUUGACUCAAAAUGUCUAACAAUCCUUUUUUAGCAACAAAUCUCGCGACUUCCCUGGAGCGUCUCCGAAAAAGCCAAAGCCAGCCUAAAACUUGACCAUCUGACCCUUGACAUUGCCGUUGAGUCUUAUCUCUACAACGACACUCAACUGAACAACGAAUACGCUUAUUUCAACCUGACUGAUGGCUUCACUUACUCCGAUGAAAUAGAAAAGCUUAACAUUUUGCAAUUCUACAUGGCAAAAGAGGAAUUGCUUCGGAAAAACAGGCCAAAAACUCCGCGUCCUCUCGCUCUAAUUUACCCGUUUGGAGGCCAUCCACGACGCUAUAAUUCGAUGACAAUUACCCCAACGCUCCUUGAGAUGCCCUUCUUUCUACCUCAUCUACCGGCGUCGAUAAAUUUCGGAAGUCUGGGCUCAAUAAUUGGCCAUGAAAUCACACAUUCAUUCGACAAAAAUGGGGUUCAGUUCGAUGAGAAUGGCGAUGUGAGCCCAUGGCUCAGUAAACGUAGUAAAAAGUAUCUGCAAAAACUGAGCAGAUGCAUCAAUAGACAGUAUGGAAGACUCGUGGAUGAGGAGGAUUUGGAGACCAAUCCGGAGUACAGUGAAAACGAAAACAUGGCUGAUAAUGGAGGUAGGGUGACUUAAAAUUUGUUUUUUUAUGCGUCGCGUCUUUUUUGGUCGACGACGACAAUUUGGGUCAACACAAAAUUUCCAAAAAAGUGGUGAAUAUCCUAAAAAAUGAUUGUGGGAAGUGCUGGCCGUUAGAUGGUCGGCGGGCGCUUGGCGAAGGCUCCGCGGUGUCUAGGCAAGGACCUCCAAUAUCUCCACUUUCUAAGCUUAUGUAGCUGUCAUUAACGUUAGAUUUCUUUACCCUAAGUUAUUGUAACAUAUAAAAAACCAAAAUUUGCGCAAAAAAACGAGGAUCCGUAACUUUUAUCUAUAGAUAUUAUUGAUGUGAGCAGAUGAAAAAUGCCUCAAAAUAGGUGAUAAGCUAUCCUACGACCCGAUCAAUCUCAUUAUUUCUACUAUAUAACUAAGCCUUCUCCUAGCCAGGCAUACAACGACAAAAUGACACGAUCAAUAGUAUCGUUGGACCCGAAAAUUUGUAGCGCAUAUUAUUUGACGCCUUUGACAAUGAGUAUUUUUGACUUGCCUUCAAGAAGUGACCUAUACAUAUUAUGUUUUUUUUUGCAAUCUUUCUUUUUCAGGAAUGCACGCCGCUUACUUGGCCUACAAAAACUUUAUUGCCAGGAACGGAGAAGAGCCUCGGAUGCCAGGCGAUUUGUCAUCGUUAACCCACGAUCAACUCUUUUUUAUCUCCUUUACAAAAAAGUUUUGCGGUGAGUUUGAUCCAGAACAAUUUGACAAACUGGACGAGCAUAUGAUUGGCAAACUCCGAAUCAAAGGCGCGCUUCAGAAUUCAGCGGCCUUCAAGGAAGCGUUUAACUGCAAAAUUGGUGAUGCAUAUGCGCCAGAGGAGAAGUGUAAUGUCUUCAAUUGA